AUGGGAGAGAGCAACGCUGUUGGCUCGCUAAUUGUCCUCGUUGUUCUCAUCGGCUCCUGUUUGAUUGGAUUUUUCAGCCGCCUCUUCGCUGUUAUCAGAUAUGAGUCCAUCAUUCACGAGAUGGAUCCCUGGUUCAACUACCGCGCCACAAAGAAGUACGUCGAAAUGGGCGCUCAAAACUUCAUCAAUUGGUUCGACUCGACCGCUUGGUACCCGCUAGGGCGCGCUGUUGGACCGACUGUUUAUCCGGGACUCAUGUACACCGCGGGAACUAUUCAUGCAAUUCUCAAUGGACUUGGUUUCACCACGGAUAUUCAGGAUGUUUGCGUGUUUACCUCGCCGAUCUUUUCCAUGUUUUCUUCCACCGCUACGUUUUUGUUGACACAAGAAGUUUGGAACACCAAGGCAGGACUUGUAGCAGCCGUUUUCAUGUCUAUCAUCCCCGGUUACACGCAGCGCUCCGUCGCCGGCAGUUUCGACAACGAGGGCGUCGCCAUUUUCGCCCUGCAAAUCUCCUUCUAUUGCUGGCUCCGUGCAGUUCGCACUGGCGCUGUCUUCUGGGGCGUUGCGACGGCCUUUUGCUACUGGUACAUGACCUCUGCUUGGGGCGGAUAUGUCCUCAUUAUCAAUAUGAUCGCGCUGCACACCUUUGUCAUUCUGCUGACUGGGCGAUACUCGGAGAAAGUUUACUCGGCCUACACGAGCUUUUACUGCAUCGGGCAAAUGAUGGCGAUGUGCAUUCACUUUGUCAACACGCAGCCCGUCACCACGUCGGAGCAUAUGUCUGCUUUUGGCGUUUUUGGUCUCAUACAGCUCUUUGCUUUCCACAGUCGAUUGACGAAAACCGUUGGCGCAGAAGGAUCCCGAAGGUUCUUUCAAUUCGUCGUUGUGGUCAUUCUAGCGCUCGGAACUGUGGGACUUGUUUUGGCUGUUAGACUUGGAUACGUUGCUCCGUUCACUGGGCGAUUCUACUCGAUGUAUGACACUGGCUACGCGAGAAAGCACAUUCCGAUCAUUUCUUCCGUGUCCGAGCAUCAACCGACCGGCUGGGAGCGAUAUCCGAUGGACGUUCAUCUCCUGCCAGUUUUUGCCUUUGCCGGAAUUUGGUACAUUUUCCAGAAUCUCAAUGCCCAGAAUUUAUUCCUCAUCGUAAAUGGCGUGUGCAGUUGCUAUUUCAGCGGCAUUAUGACAAGACUGAUGUUGACGGUUGCGCCAAUUAUCAGCGUUCUGGCUGGAAUUGGAUUCAGUGUUUCAAUCGAAAGACUUUUGUUGAAACUCCCGCCGCCAGAAAUUCCGGCUCCAGAACUUACUGAGAAAGAGAAACCGGCAGUCGAGGACGGUGACGAAGAAGAUGAUGAUGAAAUCAAGGAAGAAAAAGUCGAAGAAAAAGAGGAAGAAAAGGCCGCGACAGAUCGAUUCGGCUUUCUUAGAAAUCACCCUCUUCCUUUGAAAUUACUGAUUCUAGCGACGUUUGGAGGCUUUGGAAGCCACUACGUUCAUCACUCGAGUAUGUUCACUUCUCUUGCGUACUCAAGUCCGUCCAUCAUGAAGUACGUAAAAGGCCCUCGAGGAAACCAGCUACUGAUGGAUGACUGGCGGGAAAGCUACUACUGGCUCAGACAGAAUACGAAGGAAGACGCAGUAAUCGCUUCAUGGUGGGAUUAUGGCUAUCAAAUUGCUGGCUUCUCGAACAGAACAACAGUAGUUGACAACAACACAUGGAACAACACUCACAUCGCCCAGGUGGGAAGAAUCCUCGCAAGUCCGGAGGCCAAAGCUUGGCGACUCGCAAAAGAGCUCGAUAUCGACUACUUUUUGAUCUUCUUCGGCGGCAUUAACGGCCACUCUGGCGACGAUAUCAACAAGUUCAUGUGGAUGAUUCGAAUCGCUCAAGGCGUCUUCCCAGAAGACGUGAAGGAGAAGGACUUUAUCUCGAACCGCGGCCGCUACAGCCCUGGAAAAGACGAUCUGACCCCGACUUUCCGCGACUCUCUGAUGUACAAGCUGAGUUAUCACGAGUUCGGCACCAAGCACAAAAUCCGCAACCAAAAGGGAGAAGUGUACGGCUACGAUCAAGUGCGUCGCGUUGAAAUCGGCCACAAAAACUUCAACCUGAAAUAUUUCGAAGAAGUUUACACCACAUCCAAGGGCCUGGUCAGGCUCUAUCGAUUGAAGACGAGGGAGGAACUCUUCGGGGGAUUUGCAGACACGAAGAAGGCAAUCAAAACGAGACGUUCCAAAAAGAUAAAGAAGAUCAAGGCCACAACGCCAGAGAAAUUAGUACAAGGCAAAAGAACAAGAGCCAAGGCUCAAUUUCAACUGUAG